GGCUGCGGGCUGGCAGUACCACGAUGGAGGCGCAGCAGGGCGGCGUGCCGGGCGCGCGGCCUCUCGUCAACCCGGACGAGUUCGGCGAGGUGGACACCACCAGGUAUCCAACUCCAAAAGAUGCGACGCACAAGGUCCGCGGCCGCAGUGACCUGCUGGAGAUGAUGUGUGGUGCGGGCACCGUCGAUCCGGAGCUGCUCACCGUCAAGACGUUCUACUUCUUCUUCUACUCGGCGUUCGGCUCGCUGUUCCCGCUGAUGGGCGUGUACUUUAAGCAGAUGGGCAUGAACGCGGGCCAGUGCGGGCUGCUGAUCGGCACGCGGCCUUUCGUGGAGUUCCUGUCAGCGCCGUUUUGGGGUAGCCUGGCCGAUCGCUGGCACAAGGGGCGCACGCUACUGCUGGCGUCGUUGGGUGCAUGGAUCGUGUUCACGCUGCCGCUCAGCUGGGUACAACCCAGCGCCGUGGCGUGCGUACAGCCAGUGAACGGCUCGGCGUACUCCUUGGUGGCGCCGCGCUACGACGAUGACGACGCACCUGGCGGAGCACGCACUUUCCGGCCGGCUGCGCGCGCCGGCUCUCCGCUACCCGUGUCUGACGCGCUCAACUACGACCCGACCGCCAACGCGGACUGGGUCACACCGCUGCACUCCUUCAUCGUGUACUCCACUCCCAAUAUUCAAAAGACGUUCUUCCUACUGCUGCUACUGGUCGUCAUCGGAGAGUUCUUCAGCGCGCCGGCGAUCACCCUCGCUGAUUCUGCAGUCAUUACUUUGCUCGGAGAAGAUGCAGACAGGUACGGGCACCAGCGGAUGUUCGGCUCCCUGGGCUGGGGGCUUGCCAUGUUCUUCGUGGGCAUCGCCCUGGACCAUAGCACGGCGUUCAGCACACACCCAUGCGGCGGCCCGCAGCGCUACGAGAAGAACUAUACCAUAUGCUUCGCCACCUUCUCUGUGCUGAUGGGCGCUGCACUCAUCACCGCCACGCAGAUAAGGUUCAAGUAUGAGACAAUUAGCAUUGAGACGCCACCCGAGCUGACGGCGACUGAGCCGACUCAGGAGGAACGGCUGCAGGAGCAACUAGCGACCCAGCUGCAGCUCCCGGGGCUAGACACCAGUGCGCCUGCGCCCAAGCAGCCUCCACUCCAGCAUGCCAAGGUGUUCGCGCAAACGACGCGCGAGAUGCCAGAGUGGGUGACGGUGCUGCGCCAGUUCCAGAACGUCAAAGCCGCUUCCUUCCUGCUGGUCGCCUGGUUCAUGGGCUUCGGAAUCGGCCUCAUCUUCACAUUCCUCUUCUGGCAUCUCCAGGACAUCGGCGGCUCUCCCACGCUGUUCGGCGUAGCGUCAGUCAUCAACCAUAUCUCAGAGAUAUUCGCGUACUUCUUCAGCUUCAAGUUGAUCACGCAAAUGGGUCACGUAAAGGUGCUGUGCCUGGGGUUGGCCGGGAACGUGGUGCGGUUCCUGUACAUCUCGUGGCUAACCAACCCGUGGUGGGUGCUGCCGUUCGAGUUCGUGCAGGGCGUGACGCACGCGGCCGUGUGGGCGGCCUGCUGCUCGUACAUCGCGCACGGCGCGCCGCCCGGGCUGCGCUCGUCGGCGCAGGGGGUGCUGCAGGGGCUGCACCACGGACUGGGCCGUGGCUGCGGCGCCGUGCUUGGCGGCGUGGCCGUGGCGCGCUGGGGCACCACGCGCACGUUCGCGGGCUACGGGCUGCUGUGUGCCGUCGCACUGGCUGCCUUCGCCUUCGUCAACUUCCGCGACGGCGGUGCGCUGCCGCCCGCUGACGACGACGAGGCGCGCGCCGUGGCCGAAGCAGGCGUGCUGGCGCCUCACGGUGUGCCCUCCAACCCGCUGCCACGCGCGCUCUCCUCCACGCGCCUCAACGACCCGCACGACAACUACGGCGCCACGCAGAAUUACAGCGCAGGCGACAGCUUGAACGUGCCCGGGGCGAGACCGAACAACCCGUUCGUGAGCGAACAGAGCGCGUACUCCGCCCCCGCUGCCUCAGGCUACCGAUAGAUGGCGCUCGCCGCCACAUCAUCCGUGCUCUAGCAAUGAAACUCAUUGAAGACCAAAUAAGAGCCAUCCCUCCCAUCAACUAUUUAAUUAUAGUUAUCACAUCCGUUUUCUAUAAUAUUCUGUGUCUGACGAGCGCCACUGACUCGCACGUGGCCAGCUCGGCACCGACUGGCGACUUGGCGUUUGGCCACUGGCGAGUCGCGACUGUUUUUAUUAAAGCUUUACAGGCCCUGUAAAUAUGAAAUAGCGAUCCGUAUUGACGACUACAUCACGGAUCGCCAUUCCGUACAACGAAUGUUGGGUUCCGUCGAUGUGUCUGAUCUUGAGAGCGCAUACUGAGUACCAAACUUACCACAAGACAUGUAAAUAUUAUAAUUAUUAUAUAGAUAUUAUAACACUUGUAGUAAGAAUAGGGCUCGUUUUAUUAGCAAAGACUAACUACUCUUUGAUCCCUCCAAUUUACUGAUUGUUAUAUUUUAUUCAAUCUAUCUCCAAUAUUUGUUCAGUUAAAUUAAGUUAAUGAUGUGUUUUUAGAUUCCAAGAUAAUGACGUGUAAGCAUGAAAGUAGAUAAAGUACCGCCUAAACUGUGUGUAUUGUAUUUUGUGAAUACAGAUUUCUGUAGGUAAUUUUCAUGUUAUAAAUGUAUUAAUAUUGUUAUCUACUCAGUGUUCAUAGUUGAAUUUUUUAUAUUUAACGAGAUUACAUGCUUAGCUGUAAUAGUUAUAGUGAAUACAAAAUGCUAUACUUAAACAAAAAUGUAAAAAAGAGACAUAUUAUUCGCAUGUAAGUAAACUUACACAAUUGAUUAAAUAUACUUAAUUAUAAUAUUGUAAACUAAUGACUGUUGCUUGAUGUAUAAUACAUAGUAUUUAUGAAGAAAUUAUUAAAUAAAUACUCCUAUUUUAAAUUGAAAAUUGAAUGUUUAAUUAGCUGUUAGAAAAUUUAAGUCAAGUUGACGCGUGUGCACUUUUGGGCGGCAUAACACAAGCUCGAUGCCUCGGCCGGGUGAAGCGGCCAUGUCAGGCCAGCUGUCAUCUGUCACCGAUCAACUGUCAACUGUCGCUACUAGCCUAAUUAUUGUUCUGUGUUUAGAUCUAGAACUAGAUUAUCAUAAUAUCGAUAUCAUAUAACUCAAAUAAUGUAAUCUUGUAGUUGUUGUGAAAACUGGAAGCUUUUAGGCCAAUGUACUCUGUGUGUUUAUUCGGGCACUGUUAGUUCGUGUCUACGUAUUGCGGGUAUAUAUAUAAUAUACUUAUAAUAACGUUAUAAAAUCGCUCGUGUAAUAAAUACCAACAGUGGGUCAACUCCGUUGAUCUGCAGCUUAAUAACUGCAGAACUGGUUCGUCGUCUAGUUGCAAUAAAUAUGAAAGGCUUGUCACAAAAGCUUGCAAUAAAAACAUGUUAACGCCAUUUAAUUCAUAGGUGCUAUCGUGUAGUGUCAUGCGAACAUCAAACGCGUACAUCUGUAACUAAUAUGGCUGCAACUGCGUGGGCGAGAGAGGGACGGCGCGCUCCUUCAUCACCACACGCCAUCAUCGCUCGGUGUAAUACUUGCGGCCGAGUUGAGUCACAUGUGUACCUAUUACACGUGUGAACAUAUUAUGCACGUUAAUUGUUGAAAUAAUAAUAAGUGUACGGUGUCAUAUCAUGGUGUGUGAUGAAAUAAAUUAUAGAACGAUUUAAUGUAAGAAACAUAUUAUUUUAUUAUAAGGCUUAUUGGAUCUCUACUGACAGAAACAAGAUGGCACCGGCGACACACACACACACAUCUACAAUACAUAUAAUUUGUUUUUUUCGCUCCUGCAAGCUGUCUCUACAGUAUUCAGGAUUUCAAGUAUUCAUAUUGAGGUCUCGUAUGAGAGGCGGCCAUAUUUAUUAGGAAAAAAUAUAUUUGGGUAUGACAGAGUUAACUAUCAAGCUCAGCUCAGCUACGAAUUCAGUAAGAAACCCUAUAUUAUCUGCCAAACAGUGUGAUUAAAUUUAUAUUGAAAACAAUCUCUACAUUCAUUUAUUGGAUGAAGAAACAAAAAUAAAACUAAAAUUUGUAAUUGUUGUGCUCAAACAAUUCCAAGCAAUGCAAUGCUAUCUAAUGAUUCACGUAUUUCUUAGUAAUACCAAUGAUAAUAAGUAGUUUGCACUACCUACUGUUUGGAUUUUUUGAUGACAAGAUUACUAUCUGGUUUUGGAAGAUGUCAAAACUGAUCCGUGAUGCCUCCUGCCUUCACCUCCCAUGUUUGACAUAGAAAUGCAAAAGGCAUUCGGUCUCUAGGUGUGAUAAUAUAAAUAAAUAAUUGAUCGGCAACUUAAUAUCACCUUAGUGGAUGAGUCUAUCGUGUCACACUGUCUUAGAAUUCAUUCGAAUAUACUGAAGCAGCUGCACUUAUGACCAGCCUUCCUCGAGAUGGACCGAGCACUGAUUGGAUUAUAUAAGACCGAUAGACCGGCCAUUGUGGUGGUCCAACAGAACCUCUUGCGGUCAUUAUGAAUGAAUGAACAAUACCCGAAAUCACACACAACACAAUAAAGUUUAAAUUUACCAAAACGUCGGGUGAAAUUAAUAACUCUGUGGUAACCUGCUUGAUCGUUUUGACUUCUGAAGUGAUGUCUACCAAUGGCAUGACAUGAGCGGCGGCCGCAACUGCCAACUGUUUAUAACGCCUUCUGUUUGGUCGAGAGGUCCUGGAGCGCCCGUCUGUCUAUAACUAAAUGAUGUAUAAUAUUUAUAUGUUUGUUAAAUGUCUGUAAAAGUAUAUUGAUAUGUAAUACUCGUUGCGACUUGCGAUGUCUAUUGUGUAUUGUGUAAGCGGCACAGUUAUAUAUUUUUGCACGAGUGUGGUGAGACAGCGCGAUGGGCGCGGGGCGUGUGUGUCACCGCACACUAUAUUAAUGAUUCUCUAAUUCUUAUCAGUAAUAAAUGUUGAAGUAUUU